CUCAGCCAACCCUACUCUCGCCCGUGCGUCCAUGGGUCCAAUUCGGAAGCCCAACUUGUGCAGCCGGCUGAGUCUGCGGACCCUGGGCUUCUUUUCCCGCGACGCAGGCGUGGUCCAAAGGACGAACCUGGGCAUCCUGCGCUCGCUCGUGUGCCAGGAAAGCACUAAAUUUAAGAAUGUUUGGACGACUCAUUCCAAGUCACCUAUAGCCUAUGAAAGAGGAAGAAUAUAUUUUGAUCAUUAUCGGUGCUGUAUCAGCAGUGUUGCAUCAGAACCAAGAAAACUUUAUGAAAUGCCAAAAUGUUCCAAAUCAGAAAAAAUAGAGGAUGCUUUAUUAUGGGAAUGCCCAGUGGGGGAAAUGCUGCCUAAUUCAUCAGAUUAUAAAUCCUCACUUAUAGCAUUGACUGCCCACAAUUGGCUACUUCGUAUAUCAGCAACAACGGGAAAAGUCCUUGAGAAAAUAUAUCUUGCUUCAUAUUGCAAAUUCAGAUACUUGAGUUGGGACACUCCUCAAGAAGUCAUUGCAAUCAAAUCAGCUCAAAACAAAAACUCAAUGAUGGCCCGGCAGGCAGGAAUUCAGCAGCCUGUUUUGCUGUACCUUGCAGUAUUUCGUGUUCUUCCUUUUUCACUCAUAGGGAUUCUGGAGAUCAACAAAAAGAUUUUCGGGAAUGUUACAGAUGCUUCCCUGUCUCAUGGAAUACUGAUUGUGAUUUACAGCUCGGGACUGAUCAGACUCUAUAGCUUCCAAAUCAUCAUGGAACAGUUUAUGCAACAGAAACUUGACUUAGGGUGUACAUGCAGAUGGGGUGGGACUACUGGAACUGUGGGAGAAGCUCCACUUGGCAUUCCUUGUAAUAUCAAAAUUACAGACACGCCACCCCUACUCUUUGAGGUAUCCUCCCUGGAAAACGCUUUUCAGAUUGGAGGCCACCCUUGGCACUAUAUCAUCACACCCAAUAAGAAGAAGCAGAAAGGAGUUUUCCAUAUCUGUGCCCUAAAAGACAAUUCCUUGGCAAAAAAUGGGAUCCAAGAAAUGGAUUGUUGUUCUCUAGAAUCUGACUGGAUCUAUUUUCAUCCUGAUGCAUCUGGUAGAAUAGUUCAUGUUGGCCCAAAUCAGGUCAAAGUUCUAAAGCUAAAUGAAGUAGAAAAUAAUAGUACCCAGUAUCAAAUCUCUGAAGAUUUUGUCAUUUUGGCCAACAGGGAGAACAAAAAUGAAAACAUAGUCACGAUUACGUCUUCUGGACGCGUGGUAAAAAGGAAUUUUAACCUUCUGGAUGAUGACCCAGAGCAAGAGACUUUCAAAAUUGUGGACUAUGAAGAUGAAUUGGAUUUGCUUUCUGUGCUAGCUGUUACUCAGAUAGAUACUGAAGGAAAAGCUCAUCUGGAUUUCCACUGUAAUGAAUAUGGAACUUUACUUAAAAGCAUUCCACUAGUGGAAUCAUGGGAUGUGACAUAUAGCCAUGAAGUCUAUUUUGACAGAGACUUGGUAAUACACAUAGAACAGAAACCCAGCAGAAUCUUCAGCUGCUAUGUUUACCAAAUGGUAUGUGACCCUGGGGAAGAGGAAGAAACCACAAACAGAAGCUGUGACAAAACUACUUUAAAAUUUUCAGAUGUAUUUAAGACUUUUGGCCAAACGCUCUGA